UUUCAGAUCUCGACGGCGGAGCGACAGGUGUUCGACUUCAUGGGCUACAUGUGGCUCCCCAUCAUCGCCAACUUCUUCAACUUCAUCUUCGUCAUAUUUGGCUUCUUUGGUGGCUACCAGUACAAGACAAAAUAUAUCAUAAUUUACCUAGUAUGGCUACUAGUAUGGAUAGGGUGGAAUGUGUUUGUAAUCUGCUUCUAUCUCAACGUUGGGAUUCUGGACAACAGAAAAGACUGGCUGAACUUCGGAACGGGCAGUGCUUCCUGGUGGGAGGUUAAUGGAAUAGGAUGUCGAGCUGUUUAUUCAACAAAUCUCACAGAUGUAGAUAUUCUACGACCGAUUAGACCUCUACAAGUUAAUGACUGCUUAGUGGACUACAUCUAUGUUGAAACUAUACAUGCUGGUGUUCAGUGUGCUUUUGCGGCCUUGGGAUUGUGUGUGUCAAUUUAUCUCCUGAAAGUUUUUUCUGAGGAAGAUGACAGCUUUGACUUUAUAGGCGGGUUUGAGCAGGGCGUGACGGGUAACACAUCUGUCCAGCCCACAUAUGCCAGGUAUUACUGCCUUUGCGGGGUGCCUGUCUCCCUCGGUUCCCCUCUGUCUCAUGGGCCAAAAGUCCUGCAUGGCCGUCUACACCACCACCACCACCACCACCAUGUUCAUCACCAUCAUCCGAACCCCCUCCCAUCUGCUGGAACCUCCUCACUCUAUUUCCCACAGUCAGCUGACUUGUGGGCGUACAAGCUCCCUUGCAUUUUUGAUCAUGCCUUGGGAUUGUGUGUGUCAAUUUAUCUCCUGAAAGUUUUUUCUGAGGAAGAUGACAGCUGCAAAGCUAAGAGCAGACCGACUUCAAUUUAUUCAGUUGAAUAUAGCCCCCAGCGUGAAGGUAGUGAGUCUCCAGACUUAGGGCUUGAAGAGGGCCCAUAUCAACAACCUAUGACUCCCCGACGAGUCAAACGCCAGAGCCGACAUCGAGCUUCUGGCCGGUCGCAAACUCGCAGCACACAAGGAAGGGGAUCCCAGCGCUCCCGAAGACAUCAGUAUCUUAACCCUGUGAAUAGACUCAUGGACAAGGCCAAUGAGUCUUCCACAAGCACUGACUCAUAUCACCCAGCGCCUGGUUCAAGGCCUCCCACCGGGGGACGGCAGGGUCAUUCCAACCCUAUGUACGUCCACUCCCGGCCAAAUUCCACUUACUCUAUGAACAGUUCACCCCCAGGCCAAGACCCAAUGGAACGGCCACCCUCUGUCCAUUCCUCAUAUUCCAAUUACCAUGGUCAACGGCCCUCGAUUAACCCCAAUCCAUAUGGCAGGCCACCUGUUCAGACAUUGACAGCUGGCAUGAUUGGUGGAUCUAAUCACCACCGAUCCAAUCGGUCCAUGAUGCAGCCAAAUGGACAUGUAAAUCCUACUGGAACUUUAGGCUCCAUUCGUAGUUCUGUUUACAGUAGCACUGGUACAAUGAGAUCUGAGAGGGAAAAACCUCCACCAUACAUGUUUGGUGUCAACUCAGAGACUGUCAUAUGACUAGACAGGACCGGACAGCAGUGAAGUCGUCCAAGUCAUUGCCUGCUGUCCAGUGUGGCACACAGUAGCUUUAGUUCACUUUGUGCCUUUUGGUCUUUUCUACUGCAGUGCUAAGGUGCACUUUUAUCCUUUUUUUUUUCUCUCUGAAACAUUUGUUUAUCAUAUGUGAUGAAUGUCCUCAUUCCUUGUUUCAAUAUUCUUUUCUUGUUUUUUAGAAUGUGAGUCUAUGUCUGUGAUGAUCCAAAGAUAUAUGUAAUGUGAAUAUAUUCAGUUUCUGUAUUUGCUCACAUGCAUACCAUAGGACUGUGUUCAUAAUCCUAGCUUCUUGCACAACCUCUUAAUUUCUCAGUACUUUUACUUUUAGAUACCAAACGCUUUGAAAUGUCUUCUACAAUGCACAGUAGCUUAAGGUUGUACCUCUAACGCGUUAACCUUUAAGGUGGGUAUGAGCCACUGCCGUCUUUACAGUCACUGCCAGCAGUAUAUAAGACAAUAUUGUGUCUAAGUCACAUUAUUAAGUACUAAUGAUGUUUGGCUCACUGUGAUAGAAGCCAGCAUUUUUGUACUUGAUUACAUUUAUUACUCUGUGGAAUUGAAAUACUGUGUAGACAUUACUUUUAGUGUAAAAUGUGCAUGUGAUAUCCAUAAGAAUUGGAAAACUAUUUAUUGACUUUGUCUUGUGAUGAUUGUAAUAUAUUUUAUGUUUUGAUUUUAAACUCAUUUUCUUCAUAUCUUUACUCAGAAACAGUAGCAGUAUUUUCAACUUUACUUCCUCCAUAGAUUUGGAGGAAUAUGAGGGGAAAGUAAUGAUAAUACCUUUAAAUUAAAUGUAAAUUAUUUAAGACUUACAAAAGUGUAAUGCUUUCCCAGGCUUCAACAGACAUUUUGGGUUUCUUUUAAUAUUUUUGAAUGGUAAUUUACAAGAACAGUUGUUUUCCUAUAUAAUCCUGCAGUGGUUAUCUAAAUUGCCUGGACUACAAGUUAUGACAUCUGGCUUAGUUGUCAGGAAAUGAUGAUGAUCAGAUAACUUCCAGAGGGAAUUAUUUGCCAUGAUUUAUAAUAUAUGUAUACACACCUCACUAGAGCAUUACAUGUAUGCAGACUCACAUAAGCACAUCUAGAGGAUACAUGACUUCACUCUGAAUUAGUGUAGGAAGCACAUAUUUUCUUUUGUAACAAUCAUUUGAAGAAAUACAUUUUGUCUCUUAAGUAUUUUGUGUGUAAAAAUUGGCUGCAUUUAUAAUCAAAGUUUGGUUUUGAUAUCAGAUGCCAAAUGAUUUAUGAUCUCAAGUGAACCAGAAAGUUUAAUAAUUGAUGCAAACUUUUAAAAAUCUUUCUGGCUUUUUCUCCCACUGCUGAAAGUAAUGUUUCAGCUAUGCACGUGUAAAUUGUAAAUAUAUGUAAAUGUGUACAGUUCUGAAUAUUUUAUGUAAAUAAAGCCACUUUUCAGUGUAUCUCUAUGGAAUAUUGAAUGAUAA